UAUGAUCCGGAGCUGAAGUAUCAAGUAGCUCAAGCAGCUCAUGGUCUGGACAGAAGCGCGUGAUAAAAAUGAUCCGCAAAUUGCGAAGGAAGCUCUUAAAUGGCUCGGGUCUUUCUCUUUCUAGGUACUAGCAUUCUGCAGCAAGUAGAAUUGUUCACGCGGAUUUUGAGUAUUUUCCUUCAUGCGACCCACAUAUAACUACAGGAACCGCUGAAAUUUAGGAAACAACUUUAAACGCCAUAGCAACUAGACCUAUUCCUAUUACCCACGCACCUGUUUUGAUGCCAUCAUCAUGCUUUAGCUUUUUCUAGCGACAAUUUUUUCUGUGAAGUUUUUCAACAUAGUCUCACGACAGUGCAUACGCGCAGUUCACUGUCCUCUUUUUACAGACUCAGUCGAUGAUAAAUAGUUCGCAGCUUUUGCAAAUUUAUUUGAACGUAGCAGCAGCAGCUUGAGUACAUCGUUUACUAUGAUUUCACUUAGCCAUUGAUACAAAAAAGACCGACGCCACUACCUCUUUUUUGUAUCUUCCUAUUUUUUGAUCCGCAGCUUCUAAAACUGCAAUAUAAAAGUUCUUUACCUAUCAAAAAACACCUGUCGCUGCUGCUGUUACAUCACACAACCCGCAGCGCUGACAGAAUUUCCAUGCACCUAUUUUUCGGGAAUAACGAUGAGCCCAGAAGUCACUGCGCAUCUACCUACCGUCGAUGUCAUUGACGGUGUGCCAUUCCCCUCUCACGAGGGGCAGCAGAUUCUUGUAUCCACCGCCGCAGCGGGGGCAGGAGCAGGCGUUGCAGCAGCUAGAAGUAGCAACGGCGGGUUUCUCGCGCCGGUGACGAGUCAUGUGAUCGCACAAGAACAUGGUCACGACGUCACGAGAGGCACAGGAGUUGUCCCAGAUUCAAGUACAUCGACAAUUCACCACGCCAUAAUCAACCACGCGGCCGCGGCAGGGCAGACCCAUCAGCAAGAUCCCGGGCAAGGCUCCUUACCCGUCGCAGACCCGUUCCCAACCGACGUCAAUCUCCCGGGCCAAGCCGCCUUGGCCUGGACGUCCGUCGCCGCCUUCGUCGGCUUUUUCACGCUGGUGACGCUCUUUUCCGUGCUGCUCACCCGGAAAGCCAAGUCGUACGACGAUGAGGUGCUGGAGAAGCAGAAAUCUUUGUGGUUUUACAACUGGCUAGCGAACUUCAAUUGGGACUUGGCCGCGGCGAUUCUAUUCACGGUCGGGGAAUUCAUCAUUUUCGGCGUGGAAUGUAAACACUACGGACAGUGCGUGUACGAGGAGAAAAAGGGCUAUGGGGAUUGCUUUGAGCGCUACGGGCUCAGCAUGCUGGGCACCUUUGUCGUCACGUUCGGGGUUAUUGCGUAUUGAUUUUUAUCAGAUAGAUGUUUUUUUUAGAAUGAUGUUGUGUAAAAAUUUCGCUUACUUUGUUUCAUCUCCCUGAGAGGACUACUGCCACAACCCUCAAAUGAAAGGUCAAGCUAGACGAGAUUUCCUACAUGAACGAAGAAAUUUGUCAUGCAUCUUGAUCUACUUCUGAUAAGCAAAAUCAUCCCCCUUUUUAUCAGGUGGUUCGUGGGCAUUCUGACUUCUGAUAUGGCGUUCUCAACUGUUACAUUCUCAGCUGUUACAUGAUUUGUCAUGCAAAUUUGCCACCAAGAUCGCCACGAUUAAGCUGCUUCGCAUGACAAAUAUCCGAAGGGCUAAACAGCAUCUAACUCUGUGCCAAAUUUGUAAUGCAAAAGGCGCAAGCUUCCCCCUUUCACUUUCGCCAUGCUUGCAUCACAAACUCAUGUAACAGUUGAGAAUGUAACAGUUGAGAACGCCAUAUCUGACGAGUUGACCGUUGAGGUCGAGGAGCGGGAGGACGACGAAGAGGUAUCCUGUGCAAAAGUAUCGUACUCGUAUUGCAAUCAUGCAUUACAAAUCUUGUUCUUGUGCUAAAUCCGCAUUACAAAUUUUACUUCUCAUGCUGAGGAAAUUUGUGAUGCAUUUAUACGAGUACGAUACUUUUGCAGUUGAUAAGAGGAGGAAGAAAACGAAGUUCAGCUAAACGAAAAGAAGGUCCGCACGGCGAGUUCGAUGUCGCAAAACGCGAUAAACAUGAUUCGCGACCAGCAGAUGAACACACUCUUACCCCACUCCGCGCCGAAAACGCUUCGGAUCCACAACGAUAGGAAUAAGAUGAAGGACGGGCUAAACCGCGAAUUGCGUCUGUCGCAGACGACUGGGUUGUACAAUAAAGACGCUGGUGGCGGGGCUACUUCUUCUGGUAUGCAGACCGGUGGACAACAACAAGGUGGACCAGGUGAUAGAAUUAGAAAUUACAACAGAAACUUUACUGGUGGAAAAGGAAAUGGAAUUAUCGGAGGUGGUUCCGAGAUGAAUAACAACGGAAGAAAUUUUUAUCGUGCUGGGCAACAUCAAGACGGCAGAAAUUUCUCCACCAAGAACCGGGAUCAGAACGAUAAUUUUUCUAGGAACAAACCCGGCGAAGGUGGUGGAAACUACUAUCACCAGCCGGGUCCUUCAAAUGCGAAAGCGCGGCACCAACUCAGGCUGAACAUCGGUGCGGACCGCGGGAAGCGCAUAAAGGCCGCGUGGGGGAUGAAGUUCCACCCCAGUCCACCGGCAAACCCGGCGAACUACCAAGGAGCCGGAAAUCAUGGAAAUGCUUUUCAGGGGUGCAGCCCACGAGGAAUGAAUAACGACUUUCGCGGGGCGCACGAAGAUCUCGUGCCGGGCGGGACGCCAAAUUUUUACCUGAACACCACACUGGCAAGCUUGCCAAGAAGUAUUUUUGGAUAAUUGAUUUCAUCUACCGCUUGUAUUUUGGGUUACUCGUGCAUAAAAAGAAAAACUACACUUGAUCAAUCAUAAAACUUCUGUUCUUUCCCGUCCUAUCGAUCAAUGAAACUAUCAAAACCUCUACAUCAAUUUUUGUCAAAUUAUAACUUCAAUAUUAUGCAAAUGCACGACAGCCUCCGUCUUCUCCGAGCCGGUCGACGCCUACAAAUCCGACGCUUUUUACAAGAAGCAGUCCAUAUGUAGUUUCGAUGGCGCACCGACCAACGCAGCGGCUGACCACAAUAAUACCAGCACGACAAGGGGAGCAGGGCAGCAAACAGGAGCAAGCAAUAGUUCGCAGGCGGCCGGAUGUACAAAUGCAGCGGAUCUACUCGCGCUGCAAGAACAGCAAACAACCGAUAAUUUCCUGGAGAACAUCAACCAGCAUCCGAGCUGCGCCUCCAGCACGACGUCAGCCAGCCAUCAGCAGCAACAUCCUUUUCCGAAUAUCAAAUGCAAAAGUAUCGUACUCGUAUAAAUGCAUUGCAAAUUUUCUCAGCAUGAGAAAUAAAAUUCGUCAUGCUGAUUUACUUUAGGAAAAAUAUUUGUAAUGUAAGACUUGCAUCGUAUGAUGUCGAUACUUUCGCAGUUCAUACCGAAGAUCGAUUCCACGCUGUUGGAAGAAAACGCCGCCACGUGGUGCGUCGGCGAUAACGCGGCGCAGCACCAGCAGGCAAGCGCAAGUAAGAAUCAGCAGUACAACAAUCUUCAUCGAGGAUAUCCAGGAAAAAAACUGUGUAAGUGUUGAAAAUGUGUAGGAAGAGCAGCAUCACAAAUUCCCUUUGCAUUACAGGGAAAUAAACCUGGCAUGCGCAGCUAGUAUCAGUGGAAACGCGUAUGAAAGCGGCCUAUAACUACGCAGAUCCAGCAUGACAGGUGAUAACUGUUUUACAUAGUUCCGCAUCACAGAUUUGUUACACUCACAUAGUUUUUUUCUCGCAUAGAGGAGAAGAGCACCAGAACUUAUCGCCGGUGAUGUCCGACCACGAAGAGCAGCUCCUAUCCUGAGUAAAAGCGUCCCCACCUCCCCAGAGUUGUCAUGCAAAUGCGCAAUGACAGGAAUCGAUUUGUAAUGCGCAGCUCCAUGAGAGGCAUUGUUUCCAAUCGUGUUUUGGAAUUUGUAUUUGUAAUGCUGUAAACAGGAUGAGAAAAGAGCUUUCUCAUGCGGCGUUCCUUGCCAACCAGCACUACACUGCAGAGGGAAACUUGUCAUGCACAGCUCCCAAAACUUGGAUACUUGUGUUGCUAGAUUCCAAACUUGGCUAUGGGGUCGUGGGGACGUUUUUGCUUAGGAUAGCUCCAGGACUUGAUUGUGUUCGACACCCCGAUCUUAAACCACGAAGUAGAUCAUUUGUUCCAACUGGAAAAUAACCAAAGCCAACACCACAACUACCAGCCGCUGCAGCUGCAACAGCAAGAAUUAGUAGAGCCGCUUUUUGUUCAAGUUCAACAGUCGUCAACACCUACACCGAUCGAGCGCGCCGAUCAUCAAGUUCUUGCUGUAGAUCACCGAUCAGAACAACAGACGCCAGAUAUCCGGAGUGAAAACGUCCCCACCCCAUAGUUGUAAAAUGCAAAUCUACAUGCUGAGAAUGUUUCUCAUGCGGAGCCCCAUGGGCAGUGUUUUCUUGUCGUGUUUCGAAAUUUGUCAUGCUCCAAUCUCCAUGAUAUGCUAGAUCUGUGAUGCUGCUGAACUUGCUAAACAGGAUUAAUACACUACGAGGCCACACUUGUCAUGCGCAACAGCCAAAGCUUGGUGAUUUGUCUAGCAGACUUGACUAUGGGGUGGGGGCGUUCUUACACAGGAUACCAAAUCUACUGCUUUCCAGCCCUCUGGGGCCCUUCGGGCUCCACGGGAAACCGGCUUCGGAGGGGAUUUUGAUCCCGCCGUCCCCGCUCGGUGGAGGAGGUGCACAGCACGGUAGCAGCAGUACUGGACGUAUGGUAGAAGACGUAGACCACCAGCAUCAUCAUCAUCAUGUGGAGGAGGAGAUAAAACGGGGGACAAGUAGAAGUACCGACGGACCACAGGAAGAUCAUUUUGCCGCGGAACAAGCAGGGGACAAUUUUCGAAUUUCCGGGAAUAUGACAGCGAACGAGCAGGCACGACAGGCGUUGUUGGGAAAUGAUGAUGAAGAGGACAGAAAUAAUAGUUAUGCUGCACGUGGUAGAAGUCCUUACGAAGGAGACAACAGCAUGCCACCUCCGCGAAGCUGAACUGGUAUUGCAAAAAGGUAUGGCGGUCCUAGUCUUCCUUCAUCACGCCACGAGCACGAACGCAGUCGUGCCGGCCACUGACUCGCGGACAUGCCACCGACUACUAACUACACAUCAGCUGUUACAACUGUAUACAACUACGCUCAUCAUCUCACGACCAUCUUCCAAAACCAAAUCCAAACCUGCCGAGUGGCUCUCGAACAAAAUGUUGCCGCGCCAACAACCUCUACAAGAACCAGUUCACCUUGGAGUUAAAACAGUAAAAAACAAAAAAACUGAAGAUCACGAGAAAGAAC